CGCUCUCAGCGGGUAAGAUGGCGGCUCCGUUGAACCAGCAGCAACAGCAGCAACAACAACAACAACUGGCGGCUGCCCAGGCCCAGCAGCAGCAACAGCAACAACAACAACAACAACAACAACAACAGCAGCAGCAGCAGCAGCUUGUCCAAGCCCAGCAACUGGCCGCAGCCCAGGCCCAGGCCAGUCAGCCGGCACUCACACAGCAGCAACAGCAGGCCCAGCAACAGGACGACCCAGUCGCUAAAUUCAAACUCCUGAUUCCACAGCUGAAGGACUCUCUGCAGAAUCUCAUGAGGAUUGCAGCCCUGAACUUGUCUCAAAACACAACCAUUGACAAUGGACAGAAGAGCAGUGACACAGCCCUGCAACGGUUUGAUAAGAGUUUGGAAGAGUUUUAUGCUCUUUGUGACCAGGUAGAGUUGUGCCUGAGACUGGCCUUCGAAUGCCUUUCCCAGAGCAUCGACAGUUCCAAACACUCCCCGAACUUGGUUCCCACAGCAACCAAGCCGGACACGGUGCAGACAGAGAGCCAGUCGUACACUCAGUACCUCAGCAUGAUCAAGUCGCAAAUCUCCUGCGCCAAGGACAUUCACAACGCCCUGCUGGAGUGCUCGAAGCGGAUAGCCAGCAAGGGCCAAAUCUGAACAGCUCUGCGUUCCUGUUCAGGUGUUUAUCCUCAGAUGUGUGAUUCCAGGAUCGGAGCUCGAACUGCCACAAGGUCUCGUGUCUCCUGGUGCUUUCAGACAAGGUCGUUGUGGGGGCGGGGAGGGAGGGGGCCAGCGUGUAACGUCUGGCCGAUUCAGUGUGCACAUUCUCUCAGUUCCUCCACCCUCUUAAUUUGUGACUGACACACUCUACUCCUGUUUGUUGAACUGUGGCUUGGGGGGGGGGUACGGUGUAAGUGUGGAGCUAGGAGAGUGUUUACAGUAAGCAGCCAUUCUGUCACCAGCAUUCUGUAUAGUCUGAGUGUGCAGCAUUCAUUACCUUUGUACAUAUUCAGCUUGUCCCCUUAGCUACGUUUAGCAGCAUGUUCUGAAACAGAAAUGCACAAUUCCUAAAGAAUUAUGACAAAGACUUGCACUUUGAGCUCCAUAUGUUCGGACUGAGGGAGCAGGGCACCUCCUGAGAGAGGAUUGGAGCUGACACUGAAAUUCAGUUCAACUGUAAUUUAAUCCCAUUCCUGAAAGAUUGCAGGACGGCUCAGGCCAUUCAACCCUUAUGCUCUGUUCUAUCAUUCAAUUUGAAACUAAUUGUUACCUUGACUCCUUUAAUCUCCAACCUUCCUUUAUCUUGACAAAAAAACUUCCAAACUCAAGCUGGACUGUCUUAGUUGAUCCCAGCAUCCAAAGUCCUGCGGAGAAUUGAGUUCCGGAUAUCCAUGUCCUGAAAGGUUUCCUAACUUUGCCCCAGAGGGGCAUCCCUCUAACUUAUCACAUUUAAACCCUUGUUGUGCUACCCUCUAACCAGAUGAAUUAAUUGACCCUCCAAAAUGAUUUUAUGAUUGCAAAGCCCUUGAUUAAAUUACCCACUCAAUCUUUUAAAACUGAAGGGAACAAGGGUAUGGAUUAUGCAGUGCUGAGUCUUGUCGAACCCCCACACUGUCAGGCAACUUGCCUGGAUUGUAGGAGCUGAUCCAUCUGGCUCAGUUGGUCACUAGACCAGCACAUAAACCCAUUUGCAGUCACUUCAUGUUUUCCCUGACUUCCCUUGGUAUAGCCAUCGAUACAUGAUUCCUCCUCCCCCACCCGGCUGUGAAAUUAUUCAGCAGAAGUGAGGAAUCCAGCAGCUGGUGCAGUGGCUGCUUCAGAGUUAACCCCUGAUCUGCCAUUGAGGUGGACUCAGACCUGGCUGAUUCCAUCCCAGGUCUCGUGGGAGGGAUAGAUUCCCCUCUGGAAUAAGAGCCAGUUGAACUUGGUCUCAGUGCAGUCAGCAAGGAGAGAUUCUGGGCUUAUUUCUCUUGAAAUAAAAUGUACAGUUAAUGUGAGCAUUUCUACCGAGUGGCAUGUUUACAUCUCACGCCUUGUUGGUAUCUUGUGCAGUUUACUGUUGACUAACAUUUCAUGAAAUAAAGGAUUGUUUGAAAUUAUCGUGAUAA